UGCAGUGGGGAGGGCGCCGCUGGGGGCGUGGCCUGCUGACGCAUUGCGGCUCAGCAAGCAGGGGAUCGGGAUCCCCGUCCGUGCAGGUCCUACUCCGAGCGCAGUCCGGUCCGGUCCGGGAGCCGGCAGAAAGACAGGUUUGGUAGAGUCGUGCGGCCGCCAUCAGUGAAGCGCUUCGUCUUUCUUUAAAGAUGGCCGAGGAGCGGCCGUGAGCCUGCGCUGUGGCUGCGAGUUCCUUAUAACACAGCCUCCGCUCACUGCUGGAUCAUUCCUCUACUUCUUCCUCGGCCCUUGAAUCGCGGACGGCAGGAUGUCGCAGGGGCAGGAUGAGAGCUCCGUGCGGGUGGCUCUGAGGAUCCGGCCUCAGCUGCCCCGGGAGAAGAUCGAGGGAUGCCACAUCUGUACGUUCGUGACGCCGGGCGAGCCGCAGGUCAUCCUGGGCAAGGACAAGGCGUUCACGUACGACUAUGUGUUCGACAUGGACACACAGCAGGACCCCAUCUAUACCGACUGCACAGAGAAGCUGAUCGAGGGCUGUUUCGAGGGCUACAACGCUACCAUCUUCGCCUACGGACAGACGGGCUCGGGGAAAACCUACACUAUGGGCACGGGGUUUGACGUGAGCAUCGCCGAUGAGGAGCUGGGCAUCAUCCCACGUGCUGUGACGCACCUCUUCAAGGGCAUCGAGGAGCGGCGCCAGGCAGCGAUCGAGCAGAGCCGCCCCGUUCCCGAGUUCAAGAUCAGCGCCCAGUUUCUGGAGCUAUACAAUGAGGAGGUGCUGGACCUCUUUGACUCCACACGCGACCUUGAGGCCAGGAAGCAGAAAUCCAACAUUAAGAUUCACGAGGACGCGACUGGAGGAAUAUACACAGUUGGGGUGACCACUCGAAUGGUCACCUCGGAGACCGAGAUGAUGCAGUGCCUGAAGCUUGGUGCCCUCUCCCGCACUACGGCCAGUACGCAGAUGAAUGUCCAGAGUUCCCGCUCCCAUGCCAUCUUCACUAUCCACCUGUGCCAAGUGCGCGUCUGCACCCCGGACAAUCAGGAGAUGGACAACAGGAUGGCCAACGGUUCCUCUGAGAUGAACGAGUUUGAGACACUGACAGCAAAGUUUCACUUUGUGGAUCUGGCUGGUUCCGAGAGACUGAAGAGAACCGGAGCGACAGGGGACCGGGCCAGGGAGGGCAUCUCCAUCAACUGCGGGCUGCUGGCUCUGGGCAAUGUCAUCAGCGCUCUUGGGGACAAAAGCAAGCGAUCGACGCACGUGCCUUACCGUGACUCCAAGCUGACACGCCUCCUUCAGGACUCCCUGGGAGGGAACAGCCAAACAGUGAUGAUCGCAUGCAUCAGCCCCUCGGACCGCGACUUCAUGGAGACCCUGAACACGCUGAAAUACGCCAACCGGGCCCGCAACAUCAAGAACCGCGUCAUGGUGAACCAGGACAAGGCCAGUCAGCAGAUCAGCGCCCUGCGGACCGAGAUCGCCCGUCUGCAGAUGGAGCUCAUGGAGUACAAGACGGGCAAGCGCAUCGUGGGUGAGGAUGGCAUCGAGAGCAUCAAUGACAUGUUCCACGAGAACUCCAUGCUGCAGACCGAGAACAAUAAUCUGCGCGUGCGAGUCAAGGCCAUGCAGGAGACCAUCGAUGCACAGAGGGCCCGUCUGACGCAGCUGCUCAGCGACCAGGCCAAUCAGGCGCUGGCCAGGGCAGGGGAAGGGAAUGAGGAGAUUGGCAACAUGAUACAGAACUACAUCAAGGAAAUCGAAGACCUCAGGGCCAAGUUGCUGGAGAGCGAGGCGGUGAGCGAGAACCUGAGGAAGAACCUGUCUCGCGCCUCCACGCGCUCCUCCUUCUACGGCGGCCCCGGCGCCUUCUCUCCCGCCCUCCUGGCCCCUGAGAAGGAGACAUCUGACAUCAUCGAAAUCGCCAAGAAGGACCUGGAGAAACUGAAGAGGAGGGAGCGCAAGAAGAAGAAGAAGCUCCAACUGCUGGAGGAGAGUCGGCAGGAGGAGGUUGAGGAUGACAGUGUGAUCAAGGAGGACCUUCCUGACAAUGAGCAGGACAAGGCAGCAGACAUGGAGCUGUGUGAACGAGCCAUCGAUGAUGGCAAAAUGGAGGUUCAGGAGGGAAGUGACCACGAAGAGGGGGAGGAGGAGGAGGAAGAGGAAGAGGAGGAAAUGGAAGCAGAGGAGAGCUCUGAUGAGUCUGACUCUGAGCUGGAUGAGAAAGAGAACUUCCAGGCAGACCUGGCCAACAUCACAUGUGAGAUCGCCAUCAAGCAGAAGCUGAUCGACGAACUGGAGAACAGCCAACGGAGGCUGCACACGCUCAAGCAGCAGUACGAGCAGAAACUGAUGAUGCUGCAGUGCAAGAUCCGGGAUACUCAGCUGGAGAGGGACCGCGUGCUGCACAACAUGGGUUCGGUGGAGACCUUCACCGAGGAGAAGGCCAAGAAGAUCAAGGUCGAGUACGAGAAGAAGCUGAGCCUGAUGAACAAGGAGAUGCAGAAGCUGCAGUCGGCCCAGAAGGAGCACGCCAGGCUACUGAAGAACCAGUCACAGUAUGAGAAGCAGCUGAAGAAGCUGCAGCAGGACGUGGUGGAGAUGAAGAAGACGAAGGUUCGCCUCAUGAAGCAGAUGAAGGAGCAGCAGGAGAAGAACCGCAUGACCGAGUCAAGACGGAACCGUGAGAUUGCUACCCUGAAAAAGGACCAACGCAAGCAGGAGCAUCAGCUCAGGCUUCUGGAGGCUCAGAAGCGACAGCAGGAGCUGAUCCUGCGCAGGAAGACCGAGGAGGUCACUGCCUUGCGGCGUCAGGUGAGGCCAACGUCGGGGAAGGUGAACCGCAAGGUGAGCUUACCGGAACCACUCCAGGACCCCUCCCACCGGGCCCCCGCAGGCCGCGUGCUCUCAGGUGGCGGUGUGAUGGCCCCCAACGGAUCCAGGAAGUACCAGCAACGCCUGGGUGGUGUGUACUCCACCAGGAUGGCCCGGACCAAGUGGCAGUCCCUGGAACGUCGUAUCUCUGACAUCAUCAUGCAGAAGAUGACCAUCUCCAACAUGGAAACUGACAUGAACCGACUUCUCAAGCAACGUGAAGAACUGACGAAACGGAGGGAGAAGGUUUCCAAGAAGAGAGACAAAAUCGCCACCGAGGGGGCGGACGCGGACAAGACGGUGCAGGCCCUGAACGAGGAGAUGGAGUCCCUGACAGCCAACAUCGACUACAUCAAUGACAGCAUUGCUGACUGCCAAGCCAACAUCAUGCAGAUGGAGGAGGCGAAGGAGGAGGGUGACACCGUGGACGUGACGGCCGUGAUCAGCUCCUGCACCCUCUCGGAGGCCCGCUAUCUGCUAGACCACUUCCUGUCAAUGGCCGUCAACAAGGGACUGCAGGCGGCCCAGAAGGAGUCGCAGAUCAAAGUGAUGGAGGGCCGCCUCAAACAGACGGAGAUCAACAGUGCCACUCAGAACCAGCUGCUGUUCCACAUGCUGAAGGAGAAGGCGGAGUUUAACCCCGAGCUGGAUGCCCUGCUUGGCAACGCCCUGCAAGAGUUGGGUAACAUACCAGCAGAGAACGGAGAAGAGAGCAGCAGCGACGAGUCUGCACAGAGCCCUGCGGCCGAAGGGAGCUCCCUGGCUUCCGACCUCAUGAAACUCUGCGGGGAGAGCAGACAGAGGAGUAAGGCUCGCAGAAGGACCACCACCCAGAUGGAGCUGCUCUAUGCCAACAGCACCGACCCCUCAUCUGAUGUAUCUGCUGGCGAAUUCUCCUCCCCCCUCCUUCCAUUGGCUGAGACCCAGGAAGGGGGCGGGGACCCGGAGGGCACUGGGGUGUCCCAUAGGGAUAGGGACUUCCUGGGUCCUGCUGCAGGCUUGUCCUUAAAGCUGGGUAGCAUCUCCAGUGCACGGCCUCUCCCGGGGGCUGAGAGGAGACUGCCCGAGCCCUCCCCUCUCACCAGGAGGAAGAUGUAUGAGAAGGCCCAAAUGGCAGUCGACAAGGUCAAGGGCAAGGAGAUGAAACACCCCGACUCAGGGACCCCCGAGGCCAACGCGUCCCUCCCCUCCCCUCCGGGCCGCUUCCAGCAGAACGUUUUUAACCGCCUAACGCUUCCUCUCGAGAGUGCAGAUCCUCCACUCAAUAAAGGCGUGAUCAACCCAGUGCCGUCGUCCAAAAGCGGCCGGGCAGCAACGCUGCAGUGUGUCCACGUGGCCGAGGGACACAGCAAGGCCGUGCUCUGCGUCGACUGCACCGACGACCUGCUCUUCACUGGCUCCAAGGACCGCACCUGUAAAGUGUGGAACCUGGUGACUGGGCAGGAGAUCAUGUCCCUAGGAGCUCACCCCAACAACGUGGUGUCUGUGAAGUACUGUUCCAGCCUGGUCUUCACUGUCUCUACCUCAUACGUCAAGGUCUGGGACAUUCGGGAUUCGGCCAAGUGCAUCCGGACACUGACGUCUUCCGGUCAGGUGAACACCGGCGAUGCCUGUGCAGCCAACACUAACCGCACCGUCACCAUCCCAGCGGGGGAGAACCAGAUCAACCAGAUUGCCCUGAACCCCACGGGCACCCUCCUGUACGCAGCGGCAGGGAACUCCGUCCGCAUGUGGGACCUGAGGAAGUUCGUGUCUUUAGGGAAGCUCACUGGACAUCUUGGCCCAGUUAUGUGUCUUACAGUGGACCAGACAGGCAAAGGUCAGGAUCUGGUCAUCACUGGUUCUAAGGACCAUUACAUUAAGAUGUUUGACGUGUCGGAGGGCACCCAGGGCAGUGUGAGCCCCACACACAACUUUGAGCCCCCCCACUACGACGGCAUCGAGUCGCUGACCGUGCAGGCGGACGAGCUGUUCAGCGGCUCCCGGGACAACGGGAUCAAGAAGUGGGAUCUGUCCCGCAAAGACUUGCUGCAGCAAGUGCCAAACGCCCACCGCGACUGGGUGUGCGCGCUGGGGCUGGUGCCCGGUUGCCCCGCCCUGCUGAGCGGCUGCAGAGGAGGGGUAUUGAAGCUUUGGCACUCGGACACGCUGGCGCCCCUGGGAGAGAUCCGAGGGCACGAGAGCCCCAUUAAUGGCAUCUCCACCAACAGCACCCACCUCUUCACUGCCUCCGAUGACCGGACGGUGAAGAUCUGGCGCGGGAGAGGGUCCAUCGACGGCAUGGCGGAUGCACUCGAUGUCCUGGAAGACGGCGCCAGUAACUGACCAGGGUGUGCAGCGCAAAUGGGGGGGUCGAGAAGCGAAGGCCAGCAGCACGACGCACUUUGGGGGGGGGGGGGGAGGCUGAGAGUGGUAGUGAUGGGGAGCAGCCUGGACCCAAGCCUGUCUGGUCCAUCUGCAAUGUCAUGUCCAAAGUGAAACCGGACCGUUACAGCCGAUCAGCUCAUGAUGGACUUUCCUGGACGCGUCUCACUGCUUGUGUCCUCUUCCCCGAUCCAUACUGAAAGCUGCAUAGUGUCCUGAAAGGAAGCUUAGCAAGCUCAACACAAGUAGGUACAACGCGAAAGGCCCGUGGGGGUGUGGUGUCCAACGGCCGGUCCCAACCCAGUCCUCAGAAAACAUCUCCGUAACUCAGUGUAGAGUUCAAUCAGACUAUAUCGAGUUUCUGUCGUCUUAAGUGAGAGUGGCUUCAUGUUAACAGAAACUAAACCACCAAGCUCUUAAACCAAGGUUUGCUUUGAUGUCAGACAGUUAGUGUGAACAGUCCUGGGUUCCUCUCAACAGUAACUGCGCUACUCACAGUAUUCAGAGCGUGAUGUUCUCCUGUUCUCCCUGACAGCAGUGUUCUUCAUAUCCCUUCCAGCCUUCUCUGGCCACUAUCAUCCACACAUUCUCUAACGCCACGCUGUUGAAAGCCUAGAAGAUCUGCCUGGAUGUUCCUGCUGCUACAUCUGCAUACUAACCUGUAUAUCCCACAUGUGAGGCCCACCCCACAGGUGCAAGCUGUACAUAUCCUUACAUGCGAGGACAGAGGGCUCCCCGUAAGCCUAAUUCUGUAGACUAGUAACACUACAUCUUCGUGUGGAACGAGCCCUUUCUUCCUGUGUAGGUUCAUUCACGUUUGUGGUUCAGCCUUUGACCUUUGUCUGAAGCUUUAUGUAUAUAAGAGAUCUGUUUUUCCUCCUGAUUCUUAGUUGCAGAAAAAUGCCUGUCUAGCAGUUCUAAUGUCAGAUGCAGCGUGAAAUAAAUGUCAUCUGUCAAAAUGAAA